AGGUUUGCAUCUUGGCGGCACAUUGACAAUCCUUCAGGAUUUUCCAAACUUUGUCAUCCCAGGACACAGCACUAGGAAUAGUGGACGGAUCACCCACGUUAAACUCACGCAGGGAUUGACUGGCGCACUCAAGCUGCUAGGAAAAAACCUGGACGUUCGUAUUGCCCAGAAUGGCAGAAUUGGAGCUGAGGGAUACGAGAUCCCUUGGCUCAAGUAUAACCAAAACUCUGUCCCUACGACGAUCCAUCUUCCUCUUGGCAUCACGUUGCCUGCGUCAUAG